AAUGAAGAUGCUGCGACCACCUCGCAAUUUCGCAGAGAGGAUCAAGGGGCUGACCAUGAUGCUGGGUUGCAGAUCACUUGCUUUUCCGAAGUCCUCAACGAUGUCACCUUCCAUUUUCAGAUCAUUCGCUUCCCCAAGCAGAACUGUGGCAGCCUCUGGGUUCCAUUGCAUCGGACGAGGGAGAAUUUCAGGCCAAAAGGAAGUUUCUUUCCUAACUAGACAGUAGAGAUUUUCUAGGCUCCUUUAGGAAUCAAUGCAAGGAAGGAUAGUUAGGUGGGAGAGAGCAAAAUUUGCUGCAUAUGUAUCAAGAUCGAUCUUUAUACAUGAUUUAUGUGUGGAUUGGUCACAACUCCGCCAAACUUGGUCACAUGUAUGCAGCUGCACGAACUCGCCCAAACAAUAUGGCAUCUGUGACUUCCAUACUUGGUGGAGCUUCUGAUAAUACAGGUUCAGGCAUUGCUCGGCGAUUAGUGUUAAAGACCGGCCUCAAUAUAAUUUUGGCUUGCAGCGUUCCAAAAAAUAAUCCCAUGCUUGAGAAAUCGUCACCUUUGGAAAACCGAUACAGUUCUGUUCCUUAUAGCUUACUGGUAUGUAACUUGCUUGUGUUACUUGCUGAUACGGCACAAUAUUGCAAUCAGCUAUCUAUUAUGGUUGUUUCUAAUUUUCUUUUGCAUGACUAUCGGCUUAUAUAUGAGAUGGUUCAGUGUUACAUGUUAAUGCAUUAAUUUAGCAGUUAAUACCAUAUUUCUAUACCACUAAUCUUUUUUAUUCCAACUUUUGUGGGUUUUUUAGGCAGAUGCUGAGAAACUACUGAUACAGAAGCUCAUAAGCCUGGGUUACACCAAGUCAAGAAUGGAACGGAAAUCUUCGUAGCAUAGGCUGCUAUGACGUGGUGUGUAUUUCACAAAGCAUACCUCCCAUAGAGUUUUGGCAGCGUUUUCAUGCAUACCCCCCCCCCCCCAAAAAAAAAAAAAAAACUUCAAAAAUUGUAACAUUUGAAGCUACCAAUUUCAAGAUAUCCGACCCUGGCAGAAGAUAGAUUCUGAAAUUGUGGGAAAAGUAACUAUUUUGUGUUGGGAUUCAUAUAGAAAAGUACCAAAGCAAGCUUGUCACUUA